UCCUUAGAACAGAGUGAGAGAGAGAGAGAGAGAGAGAGCUGAGAGAGGGAACCUUCUCCUCUGCAAUGGAGGCCUUGAAACACGUGGGCAUUGGUGUGUGCAGCCCGCCAAGAUCUUUUCUUCUUACUCGAAAGAAGACUCGCUCCUCUCCUCACUUCUCCACCCGACCCAAACCCUCUCUUGCUUCUGCAGACCACCAUCUCUUCCUCGGACGCUCCCUCUCUGGUGCGCACGAUAACACCUGCGCCACCGCCGCCUACUCUAGCAAAUGGGCCGAUCGCCUCCUUAGCGACUUCCAGUUCCUCCCCACCACAGAACCCUCCUCAACUUCCUCCUCCGAAAUCGCCCUCGCUUCUCUUCUCCAACCGCCAUCUCCGCCACCGCCCAUCGCACCUCCUCCUCCCGAGAGAAGGAUUUCUCUCCCCAUCGAUUUCUAUCAGGUAUUGGGGGCUGAAACCCACUUCUUGGGAGAUGGUAUUAGGAGAGCUUAUGAGGCCAAGGUUUCCAAGCCACCCCAAUAUGGCUUCAGCCAAGAUGCUCUAAUGAGCCGGAGGCAGAUUCUGCUCGCUGCUUGCGAGACGCUCUCCAAUCCUCUUUCCAGAGGCGAGUACAACCAGGGCCUUGUUGAAGAUGAGGAUGCCACUCUCAUUACGGAUGUGCCUUGGGACAAGGUUCCUGGUGCUCUGUGCGUGUUGCAAGAAGCGGGAGAGACCCAACUAGUUCUGGAAAUCGGUCAGAGCCUGUUGCGUGAAAGGCUCCCCAAGACGUUCAAACAAGACAUCGUGCUGGCUGUGGCUCUUGCUUACGUGGAUUUUUCAAGGGAUGCCAUGGCUUUGUCUCCACCAGAUUUCAUAAAGAGCUGUGAAGUGCUGGAGAGGGCUUUGAAGCUUUUACAGGAGGAAGGAGCAAGCAACCUGGCGCUGGAUCUACAAAAACAGAUUGACGAGACACUGGAAGAGAUCACCCCACGCUCUGUUCUGGAGCUUCUAGCUUUGCCUCUUGAUGAAGAGCACCGGAUAAGACGGGAAGAGGGUCUUCAAGGUGUGCGUAAUAUCUUAUGGGCUGUUGGAGGAGGAGGUGCUGCCGCUAUUGCUGGAGGAUUCACCCGUGAAGACUUCAUGAACGAAGCCUUCUUGCGUAUGACAGCGGCUGAGCAGGUGGAUUUAUUUGCUGCAACACCCAAUAACAUACCAGCGGAAAGCUUUGAAGUUUAUGGGGUGGCACUUGCGCUUGUUGCACAGGCUUUUGUGGGUAAAAAGCCCCAGCUGAUCCAGGAUGCAGACAAUCUGUUUCUGCAACUUCAACAGACCAAGUUAACAGCUCUAGGCACUGUUUCAGAUCACACCUCAAGAGCAGACCGUGAGGUAGAUUUUGCACUUGAACGUGGGCUUUGUUCACUUCUUGUAGGUGAGCUUGAUGACUGUCGCUCAUGGUUGGGCUUAGACAGUGACAGCUCACCCUAUAGAGACCCAUCUAUUGUGGCAUUCGUGUUGGAAAAUUCAAAGGAUGACAAGGAUGAUGAUCUCCUUCCUGGGCUUUGUAAACUAUUGGAGACUUGGCUGCUCGAAGUGGUUUUUCCUAGGUUUAGAGAUACCCAAGAUAUACAGUUCAAGCUUGGAGAUUACUACGAUGACCCCACUGUUCUCAGAUAUCUGGAAAGGCUAGAAGGUGGUGGGGGUUCACCUUUAGCUGCAGCUGCUGCCAUUGCAAGGAUUGGGGCAGAAGCCACUGCAGCACUUGAUAAUGUGAAGACAAGUGCAAUUCAGGCAUUGCAGAAAGUGUUUCCUUUGGGUAAUAGGGAAGAAAGGAUGAGAAGAGAGGAACAUGACUAUAGGAAUGAUUCUGUUCUUGCCUCGGAAACUGAGGAACAGGCGGAUAAAACUGACCGAGAUAAUUCUGGUACUUUGGCUGAGAUAUCUGGGAAGACUAGCUCUGAAGAAUCAAGCGAUCAGGAAUUAAUAACUGACAGAAUAAAAGAUGCAACUGUCAAGAUUAUGUGCGCUGGUGUGGUGGUUGGACUGUUAACUUUGGCUGGAUUGAAGUAUUUACCAGCUAUGCGUGGGUCUUUGCUUUCACGAAAAGAAACAGGUUCAGCAAUGGCUGCUGAUGUUAUCAAUUUGGAUGAGAAUCCAGUAGAGGAAAUGCCCAGAAUGGAUGCAAGGUUUGCCGAAAGUCUAGUUCGCAAAUGGCAGGAUAUAAAAUCUCAGGCUCUUGGACCUGAUCAUUGUCUCGUGAAAUUGCCAGAGGUUUUGGAGGGGCAGAUGCUGAAGAUAUGGACAGACCGUGCAGCGGAAAUCGCACAACAUGGCUGGUUCUGGGAGUACACCCUUUUGGGGCUGACCAUUGACAGUGUGACAGUAUCAUUGGAUGGCCACUGGGCCAUGGUGGAGGCAACGCUUGAGGAGGCAGCCCAGUUGACAGACAUUGCUCACCCAGAGCACAAUGAUUCCUACAGCACCACGUACACAACAAGGUAUGAGAUGUCUUGUUCCAAGUCAGGGUGGAAGAUAACAACAGGAGCUGUUCUUAAGUCAUAGAUUAUGUUUUCUCCCAGUCUCUCUUUCCUUUCUAACCUCUUCUCUUCUCUUUUGUAUAAAUACCAAUUCCAAUUCUAUUCCUUGAAUGGUAUGCAUCCUUAGCCAGUUUUGCCGGAUGUUUGUUGUUUCUUUUCUUUUGUUCCCUUUUGCAGUUACAUUUUAUCUAGUUUUACGGCACAA